AUGGCUAAGUCUGUUAAGACGGCGGUGAUCGGAGCAGGCGUCGCCGGACUUGUCGCCGCCAGAGAACUCAGGAAAGAAGGCCACAAAGUAACCGUUUUCGAAAAAUCAUCGAAAAUUGGAGGAACAUGGGUUUAUGAUCCCCGUAUAGAAUCCGACCCGAUUAGCAUCGACCCGACUCGAGAAGUCGUUCAUAGUAGCCUCUAUCUUUCUCUUCGAACAAACCUUCCUAGAGAUUUAAUGGGUUUCUCUGAUUAUCCAUUUUCAGUCAGAGAAAAUGGAGAUCUGAGGAAUUACCCGGGUCAUGAAGAGUUUUUGUUGUUUCUGAACGAUUUCGUAAGGAAUUUUGAAAUCACUGAGUUGAUUCGGUUCAACUCGGAGGUUGUUGGAGUCGAACGGGUCGGGUCGGGCAACGGCGGUUGGUCCGUGGAGUUCAAAAAUAAGUCGGGUUCAUCUGAAACCGAGAUAUUCGAAGCUGUCUUGAUUUGUAAUGGUCAUCAUACUAUCCCGGUUUUGGCGAAUCAUUCGGGUAUGGAAAAGUGGAAAGGAAAGCAAAUUCAUAGUCAUAAUUAUCGUGUUCCAAAACCAUUCCUAGAUCAAAUUGUAGUUAUGAUUGGAAAUGGUCCGAGUGGAAUAGACAUAUCAAAAGAAAUCGCUACAGUGGCGAAAGAAGUUCAUCUUUCGUCAAGAUCACCCGAUACGAAAAUCGCCAAAUUGGAGGGCCACCAUAACAUGUGGCAACAUUCCGAUAUUGAAUGUGUCGAUAAUGAGCGUGGUAUUGUAUUAUUUAAAGACGGUUCAUCAGUUCAUCCCGAUAUAAUCUUCCAUUGUACAGGGUACAAAUACGAUUUCCCAUUUCUUAGGACAAAUGGGGUUGUGGCCGUGGAUGAUAAUCGUGUCGGACCGUUGUAUAAACAUGUAUUCGCGCCAGAGUUUGCCCCUUCUCUUUCGUUUCUUGCCUUACCUACUCGGGUUGGUACUAUUUUCGGAUUGGUUAAGUAAAUUAUGUUCAUAUUUAUAUUUUUUUUAAUAAACUUAUAUGAAGAGCAGGAUAUUUUAUGUCGAAUGGUUGAGUUUCAA